ACGAACCGUUCCGUGACGUGUUUCCUGUCGGACUAUUUUUAUGGAUGGACCAGUGCACCUUGAACUUGUCAGAGAAAAGUUCUCCUUCUCUUCUACUUUUUUCCCCUCCUCUGUAAAUAACAUUUAUUAGCGAUGUCUCAGCUCCCACAUUUACUCCGUAAUGGACCUUCAGCUUUUCGGCGGCUGUCGCGCUGCGGAGGCGCAGAAAAGUGCGUCAGUUUGUGUUUUGACGCAAACUUUUUACACUUUAGCUCUUCCGCCGCUGAGUCGUCGUCGUCGAAAACAGACCGUCGACACAUAACCAGCUCCAGGUGCUACACAAGUUCUGCCAGGUCCAAACCGGUCCGCAUCGGCUGUGCCUCCGGGUUCUGGGGGGACACGGCGACCUCAGUGCCUCAGCUGAUCUACAGUGGGAAACUGGACUUCCUGGUGUUUGACUACCUCAGUGAGAUCACCAUGUCUCUGCUCACCGCCGCCAAAGCCAAGAUGCCUAAUCAGGGUUACGCUCCGGACUUUGUCCAGGUCGCUCUGGCUCCGUUCAUUAACGACAUCCACAGGAAAGGUAUUCGUGUCGUCAGUAACGCGGGAGGCGUGAACCCUCUGGCCUGCGCCGAGGCCAUACAGGAAGUCAUCAAGAAGGCCGGCGUUGACCUGAAGGUGGCGGUGGUGACCGGCGAUGACCUCAUGCCCCACAGAAACAGCCUCUCUGAAGUGAAGGUGGCGUCCGACGGCAGCAGACAACAGUUACCUAAAACACUGCACAGUAUGAACGCUUACCUCGGGGCUGUUCCUAUCCAGCGUUGUCUCGACCUCGGGGCGGACAUCGUGGUGACAGGACGCUGUGUGGACAGCGCCGUGGCGUUGGGGCCGCUCAUGCACAGCUUCGGAUGGGAGAGGGAUGAUUAUGACCUACUUGCAGCUGGGAGUCUUGCAGGUCACCUGAUCGAGUGUGGAGCUCAGAGUACAGGUGGGAUCUUCACCGACUGGCACAAAGUUCCCGACUGGGACAACAUGGGUUUCCCGGUGGUGGAGUGUUCCAGCAACGGCGCCUUCGUUCUCUCCAAACCGCCCAAAACCGGCGGCCUCGUCUCCUUCGGCACGGUGGCCGAGCAGCUGGUGUACGAGAUCGGCGACCCGCGGCGAUACCUGCUGCCCGACGUCACCUGCGACUUCAGCCAGGUGGUCAUCAAGGAAAUACCAGGUGUAGAGGGCGGAGCUGUCAGAGUGACCGGGGCUAAAGGCUUCGCUCCGUCACAUGACUACAAGGUGUGUGCUACCUACCUGGACGGUUUCCGAGCGACGGCAGUGUGUCCUGUUGGAGGACCGAGGGCGGUGGAGAAGGCGAGACGGACGGCGGACAGCAUCAUCAAACGGACGAAGAGGAUGUUUAAGCAGCUGGGACUGGAGGAUUUCGGCUCCGUUAAUGUCCAGGUCCUCGGAGCUGAGGACACGUACGGUGCCAACGCUCGCACCAAGGGCUCCAGAGAGGCAGUGAUCUGGAUGGCCGUCCACCACAGACAGAAGAAAGCUCUGGAACUCUUCUCCAGGGAAAUAGCUCCAGCUGGGACCGGCAUGGCUCCUGGACUCACCGGCAUCGUGGGAGGACGUCCCAGAGUGUCGCCUGUUCUGAAGCCGUUCUUCUUCUUACACCCCAAAUCUGACUUGAAGGUUGACAUUCACGUCGGUGGAGAGUUGUUGGAGUCACUUUCAGAGGUGGGACCAGACGAGCAGGAAGCCCCUCCCACCUCAGCAGAGGACUUACCUGACACAGACCUGCCCAGUGGACCACACAGCUACAGACUGGAGGAACUGGCCUUCACCAGGAGCGGAGACAAAGGAGACUCGGCCAACGUCGGAGUGAUCGCCCGUCAUCCCCUCUUCUUCCCUUACCUGAAGAAACACCUGACUUCCUCUGUGGUGCAGGAAUACUUCUCCCACCUCAUCCAGCCGGGAGUUGGCAACGCCGUCACACGAUUCACUCUGCCGGGGAUCCACGGCCUCAACUUCGUCCUGCAGAGUUCACUGGGUGGGGGAGGGGUGGCGUCUCUACGCAGCGACCCCCAGGGUAAAGCGUACGGUCAGAUGCUGCUGGACUUGAAGCUGAGAGGACUGCCUGACCUCAAGUCACUGGUGGACUGAGCGAGACUGAAAGACAGAAGACGUUGUUGAGGGUGAGAGCUGUGGGAAAUGGAGACACGAAAGCAAAACGAGAAGAAACGAAUGCGAAAGUGAGACUCGACACAAACACAGAAGGAUCCUUUAUGGAUCAUGUGAAGGAGAAUAAUUCUCAGGAUUCCCGAUCACGUCCACAGUCCAAACAAGGGAAACCUUAAAAGAACACAAGAUUAUGACGUAUGAAAUAACUUUAAAAUGCAAUACAGUGGGACAAGUCCAUUUAAUUCAUACAGCCAGUUACGCCCGGAGGGUUUUAUGAUCUGCAAGACACAUGAGAGUUGGCAGGGGUUGACAGGAUUUCAUCCACAAUACAAACUGAAAGAGAACGUUUAGGAAACUGUCAAAUAAAACAUCAUAAAUAAUUUUAAUAAGUAAAGCCUGAAUGUUCAGUUCUGACGUAGGAAUUUAUUGUGGCUCUUUCCAAACUCUGGGUCCACUGACUGACUGACUGACUGACUGACUGACUGACUGACUGACUGACUGACUGACUGACUGACUGACUGACCUGAUUAGUAUGCACAUCCAACUCCAGCUGGAGACAGGUACAGGACAGAAAAAAUAAAUAAAAAACAGCAACAAAGGAAAAGCAGAGGCUGUCAGCACAAUGGAAUUUCCAAUGUUGCUGGUUAAAACGUUGAACUAAUAAAAGCUUCAGUGUACGGACAGCCUGUGCUUUUCCUUUGUGAGCAUUUUUUUAAAGACCUUGGUAUGCGUCGACUUGGACCUUUCCAACAUGGACGUUCCAACAACGGCACCCACUUCAUGCCAAAGAGAAGAGAUGAAGCACUUUCUCUGGCAGAGAUGAAACAUGAAACACAGUCAUGCAUAAAAACCCACUUUAUACUAUAAUAACACUAAAUUGACAACCCAUAAUGCAACUCUGUCUGCAGAAGACUGAAAAUGCUUUCCAUUGAAAAAGAAAAUAUCCUCAAAUAUAACCCUAACCCCACUUUUUCAAACCUCAUUUACAGAAAGAUGCUGUGUUUAUAUCCGGGUCAGUACACACACAAACUUCUAAUCUUUCAGGGCAGUUUGAAAACUUCUCCAAGUUCAAUCUUCAAUCUCACCAUAAAGUCCAUGUAGUAUCUGUUAUUUCUCGUGGGCAUGUGUAUACCCUCCAAAAUCUCCUUUUAUUCAAGUAGUUUCAACCAAACAUUGCAUACAUGCAAACUUCCUUCAAUUCAGACAUUGGUUUCAGUUGUUAAUCUUUUGAUUUUUUUUUCUGAUUAGUUGUGACAAUAAUUUCGCAGAUUAUUCGAUAAUGAAAACAGCCAUUAGUUGCAGCCUUUUUAACCACGGAUAAGAAUGAACUUUGAAUCCCAACUUUUAAACCAACCGGUCCUUUAAAUGCUCCGAAAGAAACGGAAAUUUCAGUAACUCGAUGCAUUUACUGAAUCAAGUUUGAAAACAGCUCCUAAAUGGCCCUUGAGGUGGGAUUGAUUUGUUGGGAUUUUAUCUUAUAAUAUGGUGUACGUUGAAAAAUGGUCUAUAGUGUAUAAUUCACUAGAUUUACAGCUCAUCAGCUAAAACUUUCAAAACCACCCAAACAAUCCUUCAGUGACAAAGACUCCAGCCACUGCAGUAUCUGCCAGCUCUGGUACAUGGCUGCCUGCCAUCGUAACCAGCAUGUCCAAUAUGUAACAGAGGGGGUUUUCCAUCCCAGAGGGAUUGAUGUCGAUGAUAUAGGGAACAUUCGUGGAGGUAAAUGUGCAAAUUUCUCCCAGAAUCUGGACUGGAACUCUGUACCAGCUUCAGGGGAAUUGGCCCUGACCUCUGACUUCCCUGAAAUGGGGAGUGGUAGUUUGGGUUUCCCUCCGAGGGUAAACAAAGUAUCCACCAUGGCAGCGAGACGCUCCAGUCAGAUACUAGGUCGAACGGGCUUGACGCCUGGUUUCCAGCGGCUCGUUCACCUCGACACGACCCGGCUCCGAUGUUCUCCGCCCCACAGGAAUGUGUGUCUCCUUCCACCAAACCGACUCUCUGGCCUCCAGUCUGUUUAUCUAUAAUUGCAAACAGGCUGGAGCUGCAGUCAGAGUCACUCCACAGCUUCUGUCGUGGCUGCAAACUCAUCUUACUCACCUCCUCUGAAUCAUUUCAGCCUUUCCCCAGAUCUUCCUCCUCACGCUGCUGUAGUUUGCUCUCAUCAGGAAAAAAGCUGAAAAUCCCCCUGGCUUCUUUUCCUCUUCAGGUUUUUACAUUUUUCCUGGCGCUUCUCUCUUAUGUGACCCUUCUUGGGUUCAAGGAAAACUGUUCAGCCACUGUUUCUCUGACCUUUGACAUCUUUUGGUUCUUUGGGAAACUGGCGAUCGUGGUACAAGAAAGUAUUUUGUCAAAUGGACAAUUUCAAACACAAAAAAGGAACCACAUUAGACGGCCUGCCCGGACCAAUAAAUAAACAGUGGUCUUCUAAACGGACAUUCAAAGAUUUUUGCGCACAAUAAAACCACAAGUGACAACUAGACAAAUCCUUCCAGACUUAAAUGGAAAAUAAAGUUGGAUGAGUAUAAAUCAGCACAAUAAAAAAGGAAUAACACAGGAAAAAUAAAAAUCUAUCAGCAUGUCUUUGGGAUUCAAAAGAUGACACUGAAGUGGUCAAAUUUGAAGCGCGAGGUGUUUAAGUUGAGGCUGUAAAUUCCCAUGGAUUUCCCGUUUUCAUAAAACCCCAAAUUGAAAGUAGACAACAUCACUGACAUAUGGAAACACACCAACAUCUUAAGGAUGUAAAUGAGGUUUGAGAGCAGAACUUUGGCUUCACAUCUGUCCUGCAUAUUGCUGCUUCCCAACGCUCCAGCUCUGUGAUUCCCAGGAAAUAUUCUUUGUUAAUUAUUUGGAGAAACUCUUCAUCAACAACAUUUUCUUGCUCUUUUUCUGGCAUGUUUUAGUCAUUUUUCUGUCUUGCUGUCGACACUUUCCUUCAGCCAAAUACAAGUUUCGUUUGUGAACUGGAGUCAGAAUCACUCAAAUUUAAUCAUAUUUCUCAAUAACAAAAAUAUGGUUUCAUGCACAUGGGAAAAACAAAGAAACAACACAAGUUGGACUUCAGUAUGAAGAAUUAAAUGCCUGAACAGUUAAAGUAAAUAAAUAAGCCCAAAAAGUAAAAGUAAUUCAGUUAGAUAAUGUGAAGAUUUUUGUAAUAAGGACUGAUGACCAAGUAUGUGUCAGAUUUCAUGGUAAUCCAUCCAGUAGCUGAUGAGAUAUUCCACCAGAACAGGUUUUUCUUUAUUUCAUUAGUUUUAAAACAGAAACAUAAAUGCUCAAACGGUGAAGGAAAAGCAGUUCAAGUUGUUUGGCCAACUCAACAUAAAACUAUGCAAUAUCUAUCAAUGGAAGAAUGUAGGAAGAGGAGGAUGAAGAAUGUCAUUUUCCAAAUUUUGUGGUAAUCCAUCCAGUAGUUUUGUAUUUUCUUUUAGAUAUUUUAGUCUGGACCAGAGUGUUGCUAGAACGCUGAAAAAGCAACGGUCCAAGAAUUGAGCCUUGUGGAGAAAAUUUCUGUCAUUUCAGAAGAUUUAAAUCAACCAAUAUAAAAAUAAAAACUAUAUUUAACUUGGACAAAAGCAGAGGAACAGAUUCUCAUGAAACUCUAUUUGUAAUAUUAAUAAGACACUAAAGAGCAUGAAAAUCUGGACCAAAAACUAGAAGCUUAAAAUAUGUAAUUCUCCAACUUAACAACUGCAAAGGUCCAAGAAUUAAGCCUUGUGGAACACCAGAUAAUUUCUGUUGUUUCGACAUUUUUAAAUCAACCAAUACAAACAUAAAAAACUUUCUUUAAGUUGGACAUUAAUCCACAGAAGAGCCUUUAUCAUUUUGUUAUUCGAGACACUAAAGACCAUGAACGUCUGUGCCAAAUUUCAUGGUAAUCCAUCCAGUAGUUGUAGAGAUCUGGACUAUAGAUUCUUUUCAUUUCACACGUUCGAUCAGCGGAAACAACAACAACCUGCCACUUCUCUGACUUCAGAGAAAACCGGCUAAAGUUCUUGUUCUUGCUCUGAUCAGUCGCUCUGAUUUUAUGUUUUCAUGGAUGAAGCAUAAACUCACAUUGAAGAAUCACUCACACGUUUUAGGUUUCAGUUUUCUGCCGAUGCAUUAUUCACAAUGUGAAAAGUACAUUUAGCCUGAACAGCACUUUGCUUCAGUGUUUCUCAGCUUCUGUUGACUUUCUCAGGAUACGACAGGUUUGCAGGACUCUGGGGAAACGAUUUAAACUCUCUGUUCAUCACAUGAAGCCUUGUUGUGGAACCACUUGUGCAUUUACACUCUGCUGAUUUAAUUAAAGGGAGCACCACGUCGGUUUUAAGCUCCUCUCACGUGUUACUGCUCUUCGUCCAUUUUGGAACAACUCAUACAACAUCCGAUUAAACUCAUCUGUUACUAAAAAUGUAAAUCACAAGUAACACAUGAAGAGAAAACCACUCUCACAUCUGCCUUGUUUGUUUUCUUGUUUUUUUUUAUCAUAGAAGUUUGAUUCUUCUGCUUUCUACAGAGAAACUCGCUAAUUGCAUUGAAAUAGUGGAUUUCUGUAUGAUUUUUGUAGAUACUAACCAGAAAAGAUUAAAGCUAUUUUUAUGAGCAAAGCUUCUGUUUAAAGUUCAUUGAUUGUGUC